CUGGGCAGAGCCGGGGAGGCCUCUGUGCUGCGGUGGGUGUGAGCUUUGAAAUGUAUUUAAGCACCGACUGAUCACAUAUUGUGCAUCUCACGAUCAAGAGUUUUACUUUCAAUCACUGACACCAUGGCAAGCGUCGAGAAGGCACCUCUGGGCUCCAUCGAGAACCCGAUCAGGUUCAUGGAUCAGGAUUUUCAGACCAUCUUGGAAGAAUGUCUGAAAUCCGGAGAGCUGUUUGCUGAUCCAACGUUUCCAGCUGAGCAGACGACCAUCGGCAUGCCAGAAGAUGCGGAUCCGAAGAAGGCGAUCAAGUGGCUGCGACCCAAGGAAAUCAGUAAGAACGCUGUGUUUGUGGAGGACACGAUGGGGACCACAGACAUCUGUCAGGGCCAACUGGGCAACUGUUGGCUGCUGGCGGCCCUCUCCUGUCUGACCAUGCACCAGAAGCUCUUCGUGAAGGUGGUGCCACCGGGCCAGAGCCUGUCCAAGCCGUACGCAGGGAUCUUCCAUUUCAGGUUCUGGCAGUAUGGUGAGUGGGUGGAGGUGGUGGUGGAUGACAGGCUGCCAGUACGAGAAGGCCGUCUGCUCUUCAGCUACUCUCACACCCGCAACGAGUACUGGAGCGCCCUGGUGGAGAAGGCCUAUGCCAAGCUGGUUGGAAGCUACGGAAGCCUAAAGGGGGGCAACAUUUCAGAGGGGAUGGAGGAUUUUACUGGAGGCAUCGCAUACUCGCGGGAGGUGUCGUCUAGUACCCCUAAAGUCCUCUGGAGGUCUCUGACGGCCGCUCUGUCCAGAGGCAGCCUGCUCAGCUGCUUCAUCCAGGCCAACAGCUACAUUGAGGUUAGUAAAGUGACAGGAGACGGGCUGAUAAAGGGUCACGCUUACGCUAUCACCGACACAGACAAGGUGAAUAAUGGUUCAGAUGAGGUUUUGUUGCUGAGGCUGAGGAACCCCUGGGGAUUUGUUGAGUAUAGUGGACCCUGGAGUGACAAGGGUACAGAGUGGGACAAUGUGGACAAAUCUGAUAAGGAAAGGAUUGAUCUGAAAAAAAAGGAAGAUGGAGAGUUCUGGAUCAGUGCUGAGGAUUUCUCCAAACUGUUUGACAUCGUGGAGCUGUGCAGCGUGAAUCCAGACACUCUUGUAGAGGGAAAGACACCCAGCUCUCCAUCUUCUCCUGACUCCUCUUCCACCUGGACCAUCAGCGAACAUGAAGGAUUCUGGAUACCGGGAAGCUCUGCUGGUGGAAGCCGCAGAUACAGAAAGUCUUUCUGGAAGAAUCCUCAGUUCGAGCUGGUUCUCACAGAGAAUGACCAGCAAGGCGAGGGAGAUGAUGAUGAUGAUGAUGGUGAUGAUGAUGAUGAUGAUGAUGAGGAGGGGGAGGAGAUGACCCCCGAGGAGACGAAGAUAGCAGAGAAAAAGAAGAAGAAAGCCAAACAGUGUACUGUGCUGGUGGAGCUGCUGCAGAAGAACCGCAGGCGGAAGGAUAAAGUCCACUUCCUCUACGUCGCUUUCCACAUCUUCAAGGUUCCCGCUGAGCUCCAGGGUAUGUGUCUGAGCAGCGACUUCUUCACCAAAGAGUCCCUUGUGGGUCGCUCCAAGAAAUAUCAGGCUCAGAGAGGAGUGUGGAGAAUGCUCCACCUGGACCCCGGUAACUACAUCAUCGUGGCCUCCACCUAUAGACCAAACAAGUCCGGAGAUUUCUUUAUGCGCAUUUUCUCCAAGACUGGAAACACUCUGGGUACUCAGGACUUCACUUGCUCCUCUGGCUUCCUCCCUGUUAUGGCCACUCCUGGCCUCCCGGAGGAUCAUGUGAGAGUUCAGAAGACUUUUGAAGAGGAAGCUGGCCCAGAUGACAAAGUGAACGCCAAGGAGCUCAUGAAUCUGUUUAACUCAGUUUUGGAGAAAGAUUACCAUCUGCCUCUGGAGACAUGCAGACAGCUGAUCUUUGGAGAGGAUACAAAAGGGCGCCCUAGUCUCAACCGUAAACAAACAGAAACCCUGCUGUCCAAUCUGCGCACUCUGCAGUCCAUCUUCUUCCAGUAUGACGAGGACUCUUCCGGCACUAUGAGCCCCUUUGAACUAAGCACAGCGUUGGAAGCUAUUGGGAUGAAGUGUGAUGGUCAAGUAGCUCAUCUGCUGUCUGCACGCUUCGCAUCUGGAGAGCCUCACAUGCCCUUCCAUGGCUUUGUGUCAUGUGUCACAAGACUGCGCAAGCUUUUUGCUCUGUUUGAGUCAGAGAGCAGUCAAGAGGUCAAAGACAGAGGCAUUAACUCUUGGCUGCUUCAGUUCCUGAUAUUGUGAAGAUGCUUUCAUCAUUUAAAAAAAAAAAAAAAAAACAGCUAAUCCACAGUCUGCUGUUCCUUCUGAAACAUAAAUAAUACAUAUAAACAUAUACAUCUUUUACAUCUGUUCACCCAUAUGUGCCUUAUUCUAAAGGAACAGCUGUGGAUUUCCUCUAUCUAUCCCUUAGUCCUGAUUGUAGGCUCCAUAUAAAUAAAAGGUUCAAGGUCUAACAUACAACACAGGAACACACAGUUAUAUGAAACAAGCGCCUUCUCCAUCCAGGCUUCCCAUACAGUUUGGUUUAGUUAGUUUUUUGGAAGGGACAGUGUAUAUUAAUAAAUAAACAUGCAAACAUGACAGAAUCAGCCAAAAGGAUUUUGUUCUGUAGUCCACGGCCAAGGUUUUCACAGGAAACACAAAAGCAGGGCACGCGGUUUAAAGAGACAGGACAGACGGUUAAGGGAGAAACUAUGAGGCAAGUUUAUUUAUAGAGCAUAUUUAACAAAUCUAUAUUUAAAAAGUGAUAUAAGAAUUUUUUUUUAAAGCGCUAUACAAAAUAUGGGCCAUUAAUCAGAGCAGUGUAUAUUAAAUUAACACUUAACAAAAAGAUGAAUGAAAACAAUUAUUAAAUAUUCAUGUUUGAGGAUGCAGAACAGGCCUUUAAUUGUUUUCUUAUACUUUAAUAUUCCUCGACAGUGUACUUAGGUAGAUAUUGUGAUUACAGGUGAUUGUUGAAACUUGGUUCUCGUUGUCUUUUCAAAUCUUUUCCAACAUGAAAACUGUUCGUAAACCCAAAUAAAAUUCACCUUUUAAUCA